UCCUUCCUCCUCCUCCUCCUCUUCUUCUUCCUCCUCUUCCUCCUUUGGCGGCUUUAUUAAGCAGCCGGACAGGUUCGCAGGCGAGAAGCUGGCGCGGGCAGCUGGGGCUGUUUCCCAAAAGGCUGCUUCUUGGAGCCUCCGCCUCCUCCUCUUCUUCUUCUUCCUCCUGCUCCUUCCUCUCCGGCUUCUCUCCCUCUCCUUGGCCCGGUGCUGGACGGACAGAGAGCGCCGGGAGCGGGCAGCGCGCUCGGGCGCCUUCCUCCUCUGCCCCAGGUCUCUCUGUUCCCCUCCCGCCUCUCUCCCGCCUCUCUCCCUCUUUCUCCCUCUCUCUUUCUUCUUCUCCUGCUCCUUCUUUUGGGGCAUCCGCAGCUCCGCUCGCCGGCCCGAGGCUCCCGUGGGGAUGCUGCUCCGCUGCCUCCUCCUCUUCCUCGCCGCCGCCGCCGCCGCCGCGCUGGUGCCCCGCAGGACGGCCCUCCGCGCCCAAGCUGCUGAGGAAGAACUUAUUCAAACAGGAAUACCAAGAAGCAAACUAAAGCACUAUGUCCUAGCAACCCCAGUCAGCACCACUGCAGAUGGAAGUUAUAUUUCCAAUAUUGUUUCUGCAAGCCAUUCAAGGAGAUCCAUCCGGGAUGUAUCUCCAGGCCCCAAGCAAUUGUACUUUAAUGUGUCUGCAUUUGGAAAGGAAUUCCACCUUAGACUCAGACCUAACACACGCUUAAUAGCUCCUGGUGCCAUAGUGGAAUGGUAUGAAGAUUCUGUGGAAACCAAAAAUGGAACUUCUGCUCAAACUGAGACUGUCGCAGACAAAAUAUGGAAAAAGGAAUUGCUGUGGACCAACUGUGCAUACAUUGGGGACCUUGUGGAUAUACCAGGAGCUUCCGUUGCUGUUAGCAACUGUGACGGUCUGGCUGGAAUGAUAAAAGCAGGUGAAGAUGAAUAUUUCAUUGAGCCAUUGGAGAAAGGGAAACAAAAGGAUGAAGAAAGAGGAAGGCUUCACAUGGUUUACAGGAGGUCAGCAAUUGCCAAGGAACCAACAGAUGUCCUCCCUGACUUCUACAGUGAAGAAUCUGACCUUCGGGGCCGGAGCAGUCUGGACUCCACUUAUACCAGCAUAGAGCAGCAACUGAAUGAGACGUUGAGACAACGUAGGCAUGCUGGAGAAAACGACUAUAAUAUUGAAGUUCUCCUGGGCGUGGAUGACUCUGUGGUCCGAUUUCAUGGCAAAGAACACGUGCAGAACUACCUCCUCACCUUAAUGAAUAUAGUGAAUGAAAUUUACCAUGAUGAAUCCUUGGGGGUCCAUAUAAAUGUAGUCUUGGUUCGCAUGAUGAUGUUGGGCUAUGCAAAGUCAAUCAGCCUUAUUGAACGGGGAAAUCCAUCAAGGAGCCUGGAGAAUGUAUGCCGUUGGGCAUAUCAGCAACAAAAAACAGACCCUGGUCAUUCAGAGCAUCAUGAUCAUGCCAUAUUUCUAACCAGGCAAGAUUUCGGGCCAGCUGGAAUGCAAGGGUAUGCUCCAGUAACAGGCAUGUGUCAUCCUGUCAGAAGUUGCACUCUUAACCAUGAAGAUGGGUUUUCUUCAGCAUUUGUGGUUGCCCAUGAAACUGGACAUGUGUUGGGAAUGGAGCAUGAUGGACAAGGGAACAGGUGUGGGGAUGAGACCGCAAUGGGGAGCGUCAUGGCUCCGUUGGUGCAAGCUGCUUUUCAUCGAUACCACUGGUCCCGGUGCAGUGGCCAGGAACUCAAAAGAUACAUACACUCCUAUGACUGCCUCCUUGAUGACCCCUUUGAACACGAUUGGCCCAAACUUCCUGAGCUGCCAGGGAUAAAUUAUUCCAUGGAUGAACAGUGCCGCUUCGAUUUCGGUGUGGGCUACAAAAUGUGCACGGCGUUUCGAACCUUUGACCCAUGCAAGCAGUUGUGGUGCAGCCAUCCCGAUAACCCUUACUUCUGCAAGACAAAGAAGGGGCCUCCGCUUGAUGGGACAGAAUGUGCUCCUAGUAAAUGGUGCUAUAAAGGCCACUGCAUGUGGAAGAACACCAACCAGCUGAAGCAAGAUGGCAACUGGGGGGCCUGGACGAAAUUUGGUUCCUGCUCCAGAACAUGUGGAACCGGAGUUCGCUUCCGAACAAGGCAGUGCAACAAUCCCAUGCCAGUUAACGGAGGUCAAGACUGUGCCGGUGUCAACUUUGAAUAUCAGCUGUGCAACAUGGAAGAGUGUCCAAAGCUUUAUGAAGACUUCCGAGCCCAGCAGUGUCAACAGCGCAACUCGCACUUCGAAUAUCAGAGCAGUAAACACCACUGGCUUCCAUAUGAACAUCCCGAUGCCACCAAGAGAUGCCAGCUUUACUGCCAAUCCAGAGAGACAGGAGAUGUUGCUUAUAUGAAACAACUGGCCCACGAUGGAACUCGCUGCUCAUACAAAGACCCAUUCAGCAUUUGUGUGCGUGGAGAGUGUGUGAAAGUGGGCUGUGACAAGGAAAUUGGGUCCAACAAAGCGGAAGACAAGUGUGGAGUGUGUGGGGGAGAUAACUCGCACUGCCGGACAGUAAAAGGGACCUUCACUCGAAUCCCUAAGAAGCCUGGGUACCUUAAGAUGUUUGACAUCCCACCGGGUGCUAGACAUGUGAGCGUCCAAGAAGACGAGGCUUCUCCUCACAUUCUUGCUAUUAAGAACCAAGCAACAGGCCACUAUAUUCUGAAUGGCAAAGGAGAGGGCUCCAGCUCUCGUUCCUUCAUUGAUCUGGGCUUAGAAUGGGAAUAUCACAUAGAAGAUGACAUAGAAACACUUCAGACUGAUGGGCCACUAUAUGAUGCUGUUGUUGUGUUGAUCAUUCCUCAAGACAAUGACACCCAGUCUAGUCUGACUUACAAAUAUAUCAUUCAUGAGGAUUCUGUGCCCAAUGUCAAUAGCAACAAUGUCCUUCAAGAAGAGCUUGAUACAUUUGAGUGGGCUCUGAAGAGUUGGUCCCAGUGCUCCAAGGCCUGUGGUGGAGGUUUUCAAUACACCAAGUAUGGAUGCCGCAGGAAGAGUGAUAGUAAAAUGGUUCACCGUGGCUUCUGUGAAGCCAGCAAGAAACCCAAACCUAUUCGCAGGAUGUGCAAUCUCCAGGAAUGUACACAGCCCUUCUGGGUUGCAGAAGAAUGGGAGCACUGCACCAAAACCUGUGGGGCGUCUGGCUACCAGAUCCGAACCGUGCGUUGCAUUCAGCCACUUCAUGAUGGUGCUAACCGCUCUGUGCAUUUCAAGUAUUGCAGUGGGGAUCGGCCUGAGAGUCGUAGGCCUUGCAACAGGACGCCGUGUCCUGCUCAGUGGAAAACGUGGCCGUGGAGUCCGUGUUCUGUGACCUGCGGUGAAGGAACCGAGUCCAGGCAAGUCUUAUGCCGUGCUGGUGACCAAUGUGAUGGGGAGAAACCAGAAUCCGUGAGAGUCUGCAAGCUAGCCCCAUGUAAUGAUGAGCCUUGCCAAGGAGAUAAGUCUAUCUUCUGCCAGAUGGAGGUGCUUGCCCGAUACUGUUCAAUUCCAGGCUACAAAAAGUUGUGCUGUGAAUCUUGCAGCAGACGUAGUAGCACCCUUCCACCUCCCUUCCUAAGCGAAGCUGCAGAAACCGAAGAGGAAAUGAUGGCCAGCCAUGGUGGCCCACCCAAGACUUUGGUGGGUCCGACAUCCUUAGUCUCACUUCAGCCUGAAGGUCCAGGUUCUUUGGUCAGGAUGUCCUCGGCAGAAGAAACACAUGCCCUCAUUCCUCAGACCUAUGGCAGGGCCAGAGUGGUCGGUCCUUUGCAGCGAAGAGUGAAGAACCAAGCGAGGAACAAGACUUCUGGGUCGGUGGCAAUGCCAUACCAGCCACCAACCAAAAGUGGCCCUCUCCUUAGCCACAAUUCCUCAGCCUCAUUAGAUAGCAGUCCAGCCCUAGCAGACAACAGCAGCUCAGCGAGUCUUCAUUCUCCACACAGAACCUCACGGAGAAAUGAGAAGCAAGCGGACAGGUGGCAGCUGCCAAGGGCUUCGACUGUAGAAAGAUGAAACUUAUCAGUGGGGAAGGAGGGGACUCAUGAAAGUGAAGAAGUCGUCUCGUUGUUUUGUUCCCAGUACCAUGGUGCAUGCAAAAUUUCCAAGUGCAGGACUUUCAACGUCAACAGCUGAAACUGAGAGGGAAAAAGUGCAGGUUCACUUUGCAGUCAAAUCAACCCCUUGCCCUCUUCUUUCCCCUUUUCCUCUUCUCCCAAUAUCAGUUUACUUGUAUAUUUCAAAAGGAAACUCCAAAAUGACAUGAACAAGAAAGCAAAUAGCUGAGUGGGUUGGCUAUUCCCUGCCCAUUAGAAAUCUAGGCUGUACAUCAGCUGCUUAAAAAAAACCCCAAAAGGUAUAUUACUAAUUCAUCAAAAGAAUAAAGUAAACGAAAUUAUUGGGAAAGCUGGAGAAAGAGGAAUAGCAACCGAACAGCAGAACCAAAAUUUUACACUUCUAUGAAUUUUUUUUUUACCUUGGAACCACGAACUGUAUUGCUAAUUUAUCUCUAUAAAAUUAUGAAUAUUAAGAUUUGAAUUUGCAGCUGCCGUGUACAUAAUGUAUAUUACUAACAGAGGAGGAGGGGGGAAGAAAACCAGUAUUAUUUUUCAGAGUUUUGUGUUCUUCAGCCAUUCACGUAUGAACUUUACAUUUAAGAAUCAUGUUUAGGUGCCUGCCGUUCAAAUUCUGCCUUAUUCACAUUCCAUGAGCAUGCUUGUCAGCCGAGAUCCAAAGAGCUCGAUAACAUUAAUCCAGCUGGAUUUGUUUGUGCUGUAACAGAACUGAGUAGUUUUCAUGAACAUGGAGUCAGUGGUAGGAAAGAAAGGGGUUAAUGCAGAAAUUCUGAAAUCUUUUGCUUCCAGCUUUGGUGCUGAGCCAUCCAGAAGCUGAUGAUGGCAAGGAAGUUCUGCCUGUGGCUCUUUGGAUCCCAGCAUGCAGUGUUAACUGCGAGAGAUAAUCUCCCAUUUGUCUGUCACUUCAGAGAACGGUUAGAUUAUGAUCACAGUUCGGCACUGUGUAGUUUGGGGAAUGGUAAGGUACUCAAUGUACGCAUUUGAGGUUAUUCAUUUGCACCACUUUAAGGGGAAUGUAUUUGGAGGAAUAGAAAUGUACCAAUGGGUGAACAUAAAAACCUGAUUCUCAGUGCCUCCAGAAAGAACCAAGACAGAAAAGAAACAUUCAAUCUAAAACGCUUAAGGGAGAUUUGUUGAGGCCUAGGUUCAUAGUGCCUUCUUUCCUUUCCCUGCCCCACAGGAUUAGUUGCACAGGGAAGGUGUGCACAGACUAGUCUGUGGUCCAAGCUGUCCAAGCACUGAAUCCAAAACUAGCCUAUACAACCAACAUUGCAAACACAAACAGUUUCUAGUGCUGGCAUCAAGAGGGGUACCAGUGCUGAAUUUAUUCUGCACCACAUUGCACCCCUUUAUGAACAGGUGAGUUUGGUCUUGGGGUGGUCCAAACAACUGUGACGUUGCAGGUUACAACAGAGUGUUAAAAGGAGAAAUGAGUGUAAAAGCUGAGAAAGAUGCACAUGGGGACAUCCCCAUUGGGAUGAAUGGUAGCUAUAGGUAGGUAAGUCUGACUGGAAGUUGGUGCUCAUCUCCAUUUCUAAGUCGAAGAGCCGGCGUUGUCCAUAGACACCUCCAAGGUCAUGUGGCUGGCAUGACUGCAUGGAUCGCCGUUACCUUCCUGCCGAAGCGGUACCUAUUGAUCUACUCACAUUUUGCAUGUUUUCGAACUGCUAGGUUGGCAGGAGCUGGAGCUAACAGCGGAAACUCAAGCCGCUCCCAGGAUUUGAACCUAGGACCUUUCGGUCUGCAAGUUCAGCAGCUCAGCACUUUAACGCACUUCGCCACCGGGGCUCCAUAUAUAUAUAUAUAGAGAGAGAGAGGGGGGGGUAUAUGUAUAGCUAUAGGUAGCUCUGGCUACUAUGCAGGGCUGGCUCUACCAUUGGGCAGAAUGAGCAAGGAGCCUCAAGUAGGGGAUGUUGAUGGACAGCAGUCGCAACUUGUGGAUCUCCCUCUUGAGUUCCCAGCCCAGGGCUGUGAGCAUCCUAUGGCCUUUAUGACAGCUCCCAAAACUACUCUGCUGCUCUCACAUGUUAAUGACAUUUUCAAUUGUUUUGAAGGAAGAUUCAGCUGUUGAUCCAGUUUACUUCAGCAGAUGAAUUGAUGCCCUUUGCUUGAAGCCGUCAAAAAUUGUGGAUGUAACUCACUGAAAUAGAAUAUGGUUCUGUAGGACACAUAAUAAACCAAUCGUUGAAACUAAGCAGAUCCAAGCAUGGUACCUGCAUGAAAGAACUGCUUAGGGAGCUUGUGAAUCGAUGCCUUGAAAUCCAUAAAAGAAAGAUGAGAUGUAACAGUAAGAGAUGUUUUGCAUGCACAAGAUUGCAAACUCAAUCUUUGUCAUUUGUAAUAGUAGAGUUGGAAAAUAUGUUUUCAAGAGGCCUUGGAGACCUGAUGCCAAGGGAGUUAGAAGGACUUCUAGUUGACCGAAUAUCAGGCAGCAGGAUAUACUCACAGAAUAAGGAUCUAUAUUUGCAAUUUCACCCCAAAAGGUUAACACAUAAGAAGCAUCUGCCCUUUUUUCACUUUGGUUCUACAAUCAGAAUAUGGUAGUGCUUGAAGGCAACUUUAUAGCUAUAUUAUUGUUCUUUCUGCUAGAUAAGCUGUUAUUCAUUUGUCAGUCCGUAGAACAUCUCCAAACUGGAACAAGCAGAAACAAUGAAUCAUGGAUGUGACGUUUUCAAAUGGGGCUGAACAUGAACAUAUUGGAUCUCAAGAUGUAUGUGUGGGAGGAAGUGGUGUCUUGCUACCCACACCACCACAUUUACCUGUGAUAAAUUUAGGGCACUACGGUACAUGUCCACCAUUUCUGUGAGGCAGGUGUACUCUUCUCUCCUGGGUUUUUCUGUAAAGUACUGUAUAUAGGAAUGAAAAGUAAAGCUAUUUAUUAAAAGUU